GCAAAAGCAAGUUGUUUAUCUGUCUGUCUAUUAUAUCGUUUGUAAGUUUGUCUGUUUACCACAAAGUCCAAAAUUUAAACGAAACAAGUUUCUUUUAUAUUUUAUUUACUACAAAGGCAUAGUAAAGACUAAAUAGCUGGAACAAAAAGCAACUAGAUAAAUUGUUAUAAGAUAUAUUUUCACCUCUGCUGUGGUUUGCUUAUUAAGAGAGAAUGUGGAUAUUUUUUAUUACAUUACCAAAUUAUGUUUAGAUUCGUUUUAAUUAUUUAGAGUUUUCCAUUCGCUUAACAAUCGUAUUGCAUUCAGGUAAUUUUUGACUUGGGAGAGGUAAAUAAUAAUUUUCAAAUACCACAUAGUUUUAGUACAGGAGCCAAACUUUGUGACUUUGACAGGACUAUCAAAAUAAACAUAAAUCAUUUUUGACAUUUUUUUAAAUAUAAAAUAAUUUAUGAACCAUUUAAAACAAGUUGUUACUUCUACUGCAUUUGCAGGUCAAUUUUGACCCCAAGCAUCAACUGUGGCUUUACACAUGAUAUUAUGCAGAUUUUUUAUUUUCUUCUGUACAUCUAUGAGUAUUUCUUAAAAAUACUUUCAAGCGCACAGUCUAAAUAGGACUUGAAAGAGGAAAAUUCCACAUUUAGAACUACUUCAAAGAGUUCUCAUCAAAAAUCCUCCACAUGCAGCUUUGUAGAUCCUUAGCAUUUUAGCUGUCAGUUUGUCCAGAUACUCAGGUGACAUUUCACCCCACACUUCCUGUAGCACUUGCCAUAGAUGUGGCUGUCUUGUCGGGCACUUCUCACGCACCUUACCCACAAAAGCUCAAUGGGGUUAAGAUCCAUAACACUCUUUUCCAAUUAUCUGUUGUCCAAUGUCUGUGUUUCUUUGCCCACUCUAACAUUUUCUUUUUGUUUUUCUGUUUCAAAAGUGGCUUUUUCUUUGCAAUUCUUCCCAUAAGGCCUGCACCCCUGAGUCUUCUCUUUACUGUUAAACAUGAAACUGGUGUUGAGUGGGUAGAAUUCAAUGAAGCUGUCAGCUGAGGACAUGUGAGUCAUCUAUUUCUCAAACUAGAGACUCGGAUGUACUUAUCCUCUUGUUUAGUUGUACAUCUGGGCCUUACACAUCUCUUUCUUUCCUUGUCAGAGCCAGUUGUCCUUUGUCUUUGAAGACUGUAGUAUACACCUUUGUAUGAAAUCUUCAGUUUUUUUGGCAAUUUCAAGCAUUGUAUAGCCUUCAUUCCUCAAAACAAUGAUUGACUGAUGAGUUUCUAGAGAAAGCUGUUUCCUUUUUUUUUUUUUUGCAAUUUUUGACCUAAUAUUGACCGUUAGACAUGCCAGUUUAUUGCAUAUUUUGGCAACUCAACAACAAACACAAAGACAAUGUUAAGCUUCAUUUAAUGAACCAAAUAGCUUUCAACUGUGUUUGAUAUAAUAGCAAGUGAUUUUCUAGUACCAAAUUAGCAAUUUAGCAUGAUUACUCAAGGAUAAGGUGUUGGAGUGAUGGCUGCUGGAAAUGGGGCCUGUCUAGAUUUGAUCAAAAAUAUUUUUUCAAGUAGUGAUGGUGCUGAUUUUUACAUCAGUAACGUCCUGACUAUACUUUGUGAUUAGUUGAAUGCCACUUUGAUGAAUUAAAGUACCAAUUUCCUUCCAAAACAGCAAAAUCUGUACAUUCCAAACAUUUGGCCACCAGUAUAUAUAUAUAGAGAGAGAGAGAGAGAGAGAGAGAGAGAGAGAGACGGACAGAUAGAUAGAUAGAUAGAUAGAAGGACAGAUAGAUGCACUUUAUGUAAACUAACGUGUGUAUAUUUUGUGAAAAUGUAAAACAAAAAUAUACGUUUUUUCUACACCGGAAAAAAAAAAAAAAAAAAAAUGCAGAAAAAAUACCUAGGCAUUUGAGAAAUACGCGCUUGUAAUUGUACUCUUGCUGCUGCAGGCAGAGGUCGCACAGCUGUGGGGAGUGACAUGUAAAGAGGACGGGGAGUAGGAGGAGGGCGCGUCAUAAGGGAUCCUCCUCAGACUCUUACCUGAAAAACUACAGGAAUACUUUUACGUCAUAGUGAAGGCAUGUCGAAUGAGCGCACAGAGAAUACGUUUUUAUUAAGCUAGACACUAAUAUCGACAUACACAAUGUAUACGACUGAACGCAGGCGCAUGAGCCUGCGCGAGACCAAGAGAAAGGAUCCCGUGCGAGUUUCAGCUGGAAGUUUGUGGCAGGAUUCUCUGGCUAUCGAAGUCGGUGACGCCAGUAAAGUCAUUAUAUCCCCACGGAGUCGGACCAGAGCUUUAUCUGUGGUGCAUAUCGCCGUUGAGGUCGGGUCUAUGCCGCAAACAGAGGAGAGUCUUUCACUGACAUGUCUUAAAGAAGCCUGCGCAGACGCGCACGCAGUGCUGAAGAGCAUUUCGCUUGAGCGCAUUGCGCUGGGCACUACCGAGAUCCUGGACACUUUCUACAACGCAGAUGUUGCUGUGGUGGAGAUGAGUAAUUCUAUCUGUCAGCCGUCUCUCUUUUAUCACCUGGGUGUCAGGGAGAGUUUUAGUAUGACCAAUAAUGUCAUCCUGUAUUGUAAUAAGCAAGAAGAUGAUCUUCAAAUUGUGAAGGAGCAAUGCGGGAGCUACACAUUUAUCCCCUACAUGGUGUCACCGCAGGGUAAAGUGUUUGCGUGUGAUGGCACCCUGAUGAGGGGGAUCAAAGAUUUCCUUCAUUCCAGCUUUAAAUUUGAAUCCUUGCUCACUCCUCUGGUGGAUCGACUGGUCAGUGUGCUGGAAAGCGUUCACAUUCAUUCUAGCGAAUACCUUCAUGAGGCGAUCCGCAGGGAGAUCCGACUGGCUCGAGAGCACUUCAUGGGACAGGCCUUGAGUCAGGAGCUGGGCCGGAUCCAGAAACGUUUGGACUCGGUGGAGCUUCUGAGUCCAGACGUCGUGAUGAGUCUUUUGCUAUCUUACAGGGACAUUCCGGACUAUGACUCCAUAAUAAAUCUGGUGGAGACCUUGAAUAAUUUGCCUAUGUGCAUGGUGACAGCACAUCAAAACAUUCAAUUUCAAUAUAUAUUUGCACUAAACAGGAGGAAUCACCCCGGCGACCGCGCCAAGGCUUUAAAGCUUAUUUUGUCCGUAGUGGAAUCGGGGGGCACAGUGGCCUCAGAUGUGUACUGCCUGUGCGGGCGCAUCUACAAGGACAUGUUCCUAAGUUCAGGCUUCAAAGACACAAACAGCAGAGACCGAGCAUGUUACUGGUAUGGGAAGGCCUUUGAUAUUGAACCCACUCUGCACUCUGGAAUCAAUUAUGUUGUUCUCCUGAUGGCUGCUGGGCAUGAAUUCGACACCUCUAUUGAACUACGGAAAAUCGGUGUCACACUUAGUAGCCUGCUUGGCAGAAAGGGCUGUCUAGAGAAGAUGCAGGACUACUGGGAUGUGGGUUUUUAUCUGGGGGCCGGAAUCUUGGCCAAUGAGCACAAGAAAGUCAUAGAAGCUUCCGAGAAGCUCUACAGACUCAAAGCACCAAUGUGGUAUGUUGCAUCCAUUAUGGAGACAUAUAUGCUCUACAAGCAGUUUGCCAAACCACGAGAUGAAAAUUAUCCAAAACAGGAAACUGUGGACUUUUGGAUGGAGUUGAUGGUCCAGGCGUGCAAGCCCACCAUUUCCACAGCGCGCUGUCCAGUGCUGAUUUUGAAGCCCUCUAAAGUGUUCCAACCCAGUAUAAUAUGUGUGAGUGAGGAAGAUGACUGUCGUACGGUGCAGCUGAGACAUGUUAUUCCAUUCGAGAAAGGUCUGCAUGAGUGGACUUUCCCAGCAUCCGCGAUUCGCGGAGUAAGCAUCUCCAAGUUUGAUGAACGUAGCUGCUUCCUGUAUGUCCUGUACAAUUCUGAUGAUUUCCAGUUGUACUUCCCCAGUGAUCUCCACUGUAAAGGGUUCUGUGAUUUGGUAAACUCUCUAUUGCAUCAAACAGAAUCUCCAGUGGAAGAUUCCAGUCCUCUCAGGGGAGGGGAAGAAGUUUUAGAAUACAUUUAUGAGAGGAAUGAGAAUGGAGACAAGGUGGUGUUGGGGAAAGGGACCUAUGGAGUGGUAUAUGCCGGACGAGACUUCAGCAAUCAAGUGCGCAUCGCCAUCAAAGAGAUCCCAGAGAAGGACAGCACCUACUCUCAGCCACUCCAUGAAGAGAUUGCUCUACACAGGAGACUGAAGCACAGGAAUAUUGUGCAGUACCUGGGCUCAGUCAGUGAGGACGGCUUUAUUAAGAUCUUCAUGGAGGAGGUUCCUGGAGGAAGCUUGUCCUCUCUCUUAAGAUCAAAUUGGGGACCUCUUAAAGAUAAUGAAGCAACCAUUGUCUUCUACACCAAACAGAUUCUUGAGGGCCUGAAAUAUCUCCAUGAUAAUCAGAUCGUCCAUAGAGAUAUUAAGGGUGAUAACGUUUUGAUAAAUACAUACAGUGGUGUGCUUAAGAUAUCAGAUUUUGGCACGUCUAAGAGACUAGCAGGAAUCAACCCGUGUACAGAGACAUUCACAGGCACUCUACAGUACAUGGCACCAGAGAUCAUUGACCAGGGUCCACGUGGGUAUGGAAAACCGGCUGAUAUCUGGUCUCUGGGCUGCACUAUCAUUGAAAUGGCGACAGGGAAACCUCCCUUUCAUGAGCUGGGGAAUCCUCAGGCAGCCAUGUUUAAGGUGGGAAUGUUUAAGAUCCACCCGACAGUGCCAGAGUGCAUGUCAGAGGAGGCUAAAUGUUUCAUCAUGUGCUGCUUUGAACCUAACCCAGACAAGAGAGCCACAGCCUCAGAGCUCCUGAAGAACAGCUAUCUGAAGGGAAGCCCCAGGAAGAGAACAAAACCUCAGUCAGAUAUCUUUCUGAAAGAGCCUUCUGAAAAGGAGAUGUGUCAGACAGGUUUGGAACAACUUGAGGGAGACUUUCACAGGAGCAUGUCUGUGCCCAUCGCUGUGCGUGUGGAAAACACAGAUGCUGACCACACUGAUUUGUCCUGCUCUUUUGAUCUGAGAAGGACCGCGUCUGCCCUAAGGGCAAGUGACAUCACUGAAAGUCCUCCCACCUUCAGCAGCUUCCUGGCUGUGCCAGAUGAGCCACAAGGGGACAUGACGACAAGCCCGGUGGGCUCUGGAGAAAAUCUUGGUCUGUUCAUGCUUAGAAAGGACAGUGAAAGGAGAGAUACGUUACAUAGAAUACUUACUGAAUACAUCAGCCAUGUAAUACAAAACAUUCAGGAAACGCUGCCUCAGGCAGAGGAGCCAUGUAUCAACUCUGAUAACAUCAGCGAGCUGAUUGGCUGCCUGCGAGAGAACAUCCGCUCUCCAGACAAGAGGCACCUGACUAACAGCCUCCUGAAGUUGCGCUCCAACCUCUUGAACUCUGCUGUGCCCCUCAGCAGCCUGCAGGCGGUGCUCUUCAGUUUCCAUGAUGCAGUGAAGAAGGUUCUUCGGAAACAGCAGAUUAAACCUCAUUGGAUGUUUGCUUUGGACAGCUUACUGAGACAGGCUGUACAAGAUGCCAUCACAGUUCUGCUCCCAGAGCUCAAACUUCAACUGCAGUCAUCGUUUGAAAACGAAGAGAGUUCUCCAGAAACAGAGCAAUCCACAGAAGCUGAUUCCGAACAAACAGUCACUCCCCUUGCAAAGGACAAAGAGGAAUCAGAUGUCAUUCAGAGAAUCAAAGAUGUUUCAGAUAUCACUCAAAAAUCUGAAGAGGGUGACAAGGAUUGCAAAUGUACCGAUCUGCCCAGUGACCUCCUCUCUAAUCUCUCCUCACUCGCAAAGGAGCUGUCAGAACUCCGCCUUGAGUCCAGGAGGUUGCUAAAUGAGCUGAAUGAGAAGGAGAAGGAAUUCCAGGAGCUUCUCAAGAACUCACUUCAGAUGAAACAAAAACAAAUCAAUGCCUUGGAGGUCAGAUCUUCCACUGCAGCUACAGAUAAUAAACCUUCAUCCUAUAAUACUCAGAACAUGGGUAUGGUGCGCUGGCUGAGGAGUGUUCCAGUCGAUGAGAAAACCAUAGAAACAAUGCUUUUCCAUGAGUUCACCUUGUACAGCCUUAUACACUUCACAUGUAGGGAUGAUCUGCAGUACUGUGGCAUCAACUCCGUUCCUGCUUAGUAUCGGACUCCACUGCUACGUGUCUCUGAGUGAUGACGACUAAAUGCAACCAGUGCCAGCCAGACAUCCCUUCAGUCUAUUACGAUGGACUUCAGGGGAUGAACUGAUGCCAGCUCCAACCAUAAGACAUGGGAUAAAUCAUAUGCCACUGCCUGAAACUUGGACCUAAGAUAGAAUAAAGAAAUGACCUGCCGGUUGAAUUGCAAUGCACCUCACUGAUCACCUUGGUCUAAUGAUGGACUACACUCUUAAAAUGGAAUACAUAGAUUUAAGGGGGUUCGAGGGAAAGGAGGAGGCGAGAACCGGCUUGAGAACUUAAAUAAUAAUUUAAUGAACAACUUAAACAAAAACACACAACCAUAAACACACACAGUACAGCUGCCUGUAAUUCUCUCUUUCUCGAACUGUCGUCCCCGGCCGCCUUUAUCCCUCGCGCGCCCCAUCAGGCUGAUUGGGGACCGGGCAUGCGUCAUUCCAGCCCGGCCCCGCCCUCCUCGGCUCUACAAUAGACUAACAAUUAACUGCCAUCAAAAGCCUUCAUCAGCCAACUAACAAAGGACAGUGCAUCUAAGUGAACAUCUGCAGUUAACCCAGAAUUAACUUCAAAGACAUUAGUCAUUAAUCUUACAGUUCAUACAAAAUCUUAGUUUAAACACAGGCUCUUAACACUUACUUAGUUUACUAAUUUUAAAUCGUGACUUGCACUGCAUAUAAAUAACUAAUAUUGGCAUUAUAUUCAUGCUGUUUAGCCAGAGGGGCACUGGCCCCAACAGAGAGCAUGGUUUUUCCCAAGGUUAUUUUUCUCCAUUAACCAACAUCUUGUGGAGUUUUGUGUUCCUUGCUACAGUCGCCUUCGGCUUGCUCACUGGGGUUCUUUUUUUUUUUCUUUUUUUUUCUCCCCUUUUCUCCCCAAUUUGGAAUGCUCAUUUCCCGAUGUGCUCUAAGUCCUCAUGGUGGCAUAGUGACUCGCCUCAAUCCGGGUGGCGGAGGACGAAACUCAGUUGCCUCCAUGUCUGAGACCGUCAAUCUGUGCAUCUUAUCACGUGGCUUGUUGAGCACGUGGAGGCCCAUGCUAUUCUCCGCGGCAUCCACGCACAACUCACCACACGCCCCACCGAGAGCGAGAACCACACAUUAUAGCGACCAUGAGGAGGUUACUCCAUGUGACUCUACCCUCCCUAGCAACCGGGCCAAUUUGGUUGCUUAGGAAACCUGGCUGGAGUCACUCAGCAUGCUCUGGAUUCAAACUCGCGACUCCAGGGAUGGUAGUCAGCGUCAAUACUCGCUGAGCUACCCAGGCCCCACUCACUGGGGUUCUAAAUACAAUUAUUAUUUAAUUAUUUAUUUUAAUACACAAUUUACAAUCAUAUUUAAUCAAACUACACAAUGAUGACUCUAAGACUUUAUAGAUAUAUUCAAAUACAGCUGAACCAGUUUAUAAUCAAAAGUAGGCCUCCUUAUUACACAAACAUCCGCCAAGCUCUCUGUUACAUAAAGAGGCAACAAUAAAAUGGGCAAAGAAAAGCUCUCAAAACCCAAACAAAACACUCAUUAACAUUUAUCUACAUGUGCUUACACAAGUGAAUGCAAUAUACAAUGAACGUGACAAAACCAGGGAUCAGAGUUAAAUCCUGCCAGUUUGCAUAGCUCUGUGAAAUGUGAUGCCCAGUCUGGUUUCAUUGCUUCACCUCAGUUGAUGACGAGAGGCGAUUAGAAGCUACCUGUUGUCAGCCUCCACCAUUCAGCAUUAGCAUUAAACAUUUACCUCACAGAACGGAUCAAGUUCUAUGUUAAUGUAAUACCAUCUGAAUAAAUUAAUUCCGGGGAAUUGACCGUGGAAAUUCUUUAUGGGUGAAUAAACAAAUGGUCUUAGAAACCGAUUUCCCUCUGUUAGCUUUCAGACUUUGGUCAGGAGUAAAUCCUCAAUAACUGUCUGCCUUCUCAUGAGACCUUAAACAUUGUUUCUAAUGAAAGGAAAUUUAGCUUAAAUGGUUUUGAGCAAAGGGAUGUGGAAAAAAUAUAUUUGCAAUUCGACUAGUCAGUGGACUGCCUGAACAACUAGUCGACUGAUCUGUUUUAAGGAAGCCCUGUACAAAAAUCCCUGUUUCGUGUUCACGACCAAGAGCAGAUGUGUUUUCUAGGCCAAAUACACACAAAUACGUUUUUGAUUGAAAACUAGAGGCAUUAACAUAGCAAAAUCAAUGCAUUUUCAAUCGAAAAUGUACAAGUGUGGACGUGGCCUUAGGGGCCGUUUACACAAGGCAUGCACUUCAAAAACAGCUAGACCAAAUGCAACAGAAUAUAACAGAAUGUAGAUGGCUCAAGACAUGUCUUAAAAAUGUAAAGUUCGUAGCAGGAAUGUAUAAAAAAAAAACAGCGCAAGAUGCAACGGGUAAAGACGUCUGUAUGAAUGCUUGUGGCUGUAGCACUAGUGCUUUAAAGCAGAUUAAUUUAAAGACAAAGACAUGCAAACUAUCCAACAGCUGUAGCCCAUCAUACUGUCAGCAUUGUUAGCACUGUUGCCUCACAACAAGAAGGUCUCGGGUUCGAGUCCCGGUGUUGUGUCGAACUCUGUUUCCCCCCCCAGCAGAUCUGUUUGGGGGAACAGUAUCUGACGGUAACAUUUUCCGCUGUCAGAAUGCGUUCCCCCAUGCACAAGCCUAACCCUUCCCUUCCCUUCCCUACCAUACCCUACCUACCCUAACCCUAACCUACAUUACUCUACCUACCCUAAACAUAACCAUAACCCCAUACCCUAUCUGGGCUAGGGGGAAACAGAUUCCAACAGGGAACACAAUUCGAUACAACACCGGCUAAACUGGGCCUUUCUGUGUGGAGUUUGCAUGUUCCCCCCGUGUACGUGUGGGUUUCCUCCGGGUGCUCCGGUUUCCCCCACAAGUCCAAAAACAAGCAGGUUAAGUGAAUUGGAAACUCUAAAUGGCCCCCUAGGUGUGAGUGAGAGUCCCCCAGCCACUGGGGGUUGCGUCAGGAAGGGCAUCCGGUGUAAAACCUGUGCCAAGUCAAAUAUGCGGAUAACGGAUGGUCCGCUGUGGUGAUCCCUAACGAGAGCAGCUGAAAAAGAAAGAAGAAGAAUACACAAUUUACAGUCAUAUUUAAUCAAAUU